AUGCCUUCUAUUAGCAGCGUCUUUUUGGCGACAGUCAAUUUGUCGGUUCUUGUGAAUGGCUUGACAUGGACAUCAUGUGGAACCGGUGUACAAUGCGCGACUCUUCAAGUCCCCCUUGAGUACGGUUCUACAACCUCAACGGCAAAAGCUAGUAUUGCACUUGCUCGUUACCCUGCCACUGUUGCAGCUGGCAAGAGACUCGGAUCUCUCUUGAUCAAUCCUGGUGGACCGGGUGCUUCAGGUGUUGGAUUUGUGCAAUCUGGUGCUGGAGCUGCUGUCUCCGCAUUAAGUGGUGGUUUAUAUGAUGUUAUUGGUUGGGAUCCUCGAGGAACAGGAGCUUCAAGUCCUAUUUUGGAAUGCUUUGCAAAUGCUAAAGCCGAGUAUGACUUCAAUAACGCAUUUCCAUCGGCUCCAAAUCUAUGGCUUGGUCAAUUUUCAAAUGCUAGCGCUAAUGCUGCUGUUACCGCUGCUAUCACAUCUUUCGAUACUUCUGUCGCUGCUCUUGCAAAGGCUUGUGUAGCUCAAAAGUCGUCCGCUCUCUACACUUCGACUGCAGCAUAUGUCGCUCGCGAUAUGGCAGCAAUCGUUGAUGCAGUGGAUGGCACCUCAGCAAAACUCAACUAUUGGGGUUUCUCAUACGGAACCAUUUUCCUUGCUGAGUUUAUUCAAACUUUCCCAGCUCGUGUAGGAAGAAUCAUUGCCGAUGGUGUUUUCGACGCAAAAGCAAAUGCCCUUACAUAUGUCAGCCAACUUCCAAACGAUCAACUUAGUGUUCGUGCUUCGCUGAACGACUUUGCUGCCUUCUGCACUACUGCUGGAAGCACAGGAUGCUCUUUCGCCGCCGCGCCUUCAGGAGUCUCCGGAACUGUGGCCAUCAGACUCGACAAUAUCAUGCAGAAUCUAUUCAACAAUCCUAUUGUUGCUUCUGGUUUGAGCAUCAGCUUAGAUAUCCUCAGCCCUCUUCUUGCAUCGCUUCUUAGAGUCCCAACCACAUGGAAGACACUUGCAACUGUCUUAUCCGGACUCGAAAAGCGUGAUGCCACUGCUCUUAUCUCGUUGCUCGGAUCAUUAGCAGAUAGUGCACCAACUGAUGGCUCAGCACCAGGUGUUGGAACUCUCGCCACUUAUCCUCUCGGAUGUGUUGACAAUGCUGCUUCAAAUGGAAUCACCUUGGAUACUGUUAUCUCCCUCACGAAAAGUAUCUCGAUCUCUGAAAACACCCCAAUCCUAAGCGCUGGACUGAUUCCCAUUACAUUCUGUCGCAACUUCCCCGCCACACGCCCACUCGUCCCAAAUUUGGGCGUAAGCGCAAUGGCAAAGACAGAUACUACGCUCGCAACAGCCAAGACACCAAUUCUUAUCAUUUCAGCCGAGAAUGAUCCAACAACACCACUGAAGUCUGCGAAAGCACUUCGAGCUUUACUCCCCUCCUCAUCUGUCCUUGCAUAUCGUGGAGGAAGUGGACACACCACUAUCUCACACGCAUCACUUGGAUUGGCCAAAGUGAUUUCAAACUUUUUCGUGAGCGGAACCAUGCCCCAAGACGGAGCACGCUUUGCCGUAGACCAGAAUGUUUUCCCAACAGCUGCAGCUAGUGGGUUAGUUACACCGGCCGCUUUCAACGGAACUUAUACUGCGCAAGAGCAAAGUCUCUUAACCGCAACAUACAACAUUGGUCUUGCCUUUUUAGCAAUUGCAUAA